AUGGAGUUAGAGCACCUGAAGAGGCUGCGUCAGGCCAGCCAGGACCUUCUACAAAGGCUCAGAAUGAAGCAGGAAGAGAUCAGAAAAAGACUUCCCAGCAAGCCACUCUUGCCAGCUUCUCUUCAUAAUAGAACAGCUACUGAAAGAUCUGUCCCCUUGCCCAGGAGAGGGAAGGAAAAUCAGGUCGACGCUGCAAAGUCUACAGCUGACCCUGCAGUGUUGGUGUCUGUGGAACCCAGAGCUUACGCAGCUAGAGCAGCCCUCUGUUCGUCUCUUGAACACAGCAGCAAUGACAGAGGGGUACAGCAACAACAAGCAAAGAUUCAGGAAGCAGUAGGUUUGGAUUCCAGCUUUCCUGGGAAAGAGAAGAAUGUUAUGCCAGUGUCUGCAAUCAUUACGUGUGGCAGAGAAACCUCCGGAGUGGAUAGGGAUGGCCAUGCUCGAGGAAGUCUAGAGAAAGAAGCCUUCCUUCUGGGACAUGGAGAGAACAGAAAACAGUCCACUCUGCUACAUGGUUUCCAUGAGAAAAAACAGCUUAAGGGUCACCUGGACCCAUCACUGAGUACCAUACAAAGUGAAGAGACCAGCAAGCAGCAUGCGGUCAUUAGAGAGCCCAAAAUUCGUAAAUCAAUCUUGCUGACAUCUCAGUCCAAAGAGUUGAAGAAGGAAGCUGGUCAUGUAACUUUUCAGUCUGACCCUGAGGAAUAUACCAUACCUGUGAGCAGCUGGUCCGUGCGUCCUUUCCUGGGCUAUGACUGGAUUGCAGGGCUCCUAGAUACAAACUCUUCAGUAGCAGAAAAAUCUGAUGAAUACUUUGCUGAGCUGCAUGAGUUCCGACAGGCCAACAAAGAAGCGUGUAUUCAUGAGCAGCACCUGGAGCCCAAGGCUCUGGAUUACAUAGUUCCUGAACAAGAACUAGAUUUGAUAACCAGUUCCCAUAAGUGUGUUUACUGUUAUCGAUUAAACCAGCGCCUCUUCACUGUCCCUGUGGAUUCAGAAUCUGCCUGCCCCAUGUGUAAGAUCCCACGUACUCACCGGCCCCCAGAGAUGUUGGAAGAGCCAGCCUAUGUCAGGGUCAGCAUUCCCAGGGCUACCCUUCUGCCUGCCUACAAAUACAAAGCCCAUCGCAGGAAGAGCUUUGAACCGGCAGACAAUCUAGCAUUACCUGCGCACUGCCUGGCUGGCUGGGAAAAUAUCAUCCCUUCCAGCAACCCCACGCUCAGCAGUUUGGAUCUGCGAGCUUCACUGGAAGAGAAGCCUUCUCACCAUCCUCGCCUGAACUCGGUGUCCAGAGUGUCAGAAAGAACCAGAACUGACCAGCUUCUGAACCUGACCCACUUGACGCACUUCGGAUUUAGCAGUGCUUCUCAACAGAGCGAGCAAAACAAACCUGGACACUACAGAGAAGCUCCAAAUUUAAAUCCGACUGCCUCAACUACUUCUAAGCAGAUGCGUGAGCUUUCCCGCCUAGGGCUGGAUAAAGUGAUGUGUACAGGAUGA